AUGAAAUAUCUUUUGUUUCUAUCAAUCUUUGCCUUAGCUCUUUCAGGGCCUGCUGUCAAGCCUACAGAUCCAGAACUAAUUGCUAUGCAAGAAAUGGUUGACGAAAUUAAUAGAGUUCAAGACUCAUGAACUGCUUCUACUGACUGGCUCAGCCAAGUAACAAUUGCUAAAGCUAAAAGUAAGCUGCUGACCUCAGAGCCAAAGCCAAGAAUGUUCCCAGAAAAAGACUGGGGUACGCUAUUAGAUUACCUCUCAAUCCCAGCAUCUUUCGACUCAAGACAACAGUGGCCAAACUGCAUUCAUCCAGUUCAGAACGAUGAAGGAUGUGAUGGUGGUUGGGCAUAUUCAGCUACUGGUGUUCUUGCAGAUCGAUUUUGCAUCGCUACUAAUGGCACAGUUAAUGUUGUGCUGUCUCCGGGAUUUCUCCUAGUUUGCAUCAUAGAUCCAGUAGUAAUGAACUGUAAUGGAGGAACUGCUGAUGCAGCAUGGCAAUUUUUGGUAGAAAGUGGAACCGUUACAGAAAAAUGCGUUCCUUAUCAUAUAUGAAGUGCAGAAGAUCCAUGCCCUAAUCAUUGCAAUAAUCUGUCAAAAUUUGUAUAUAGUUAUUGCCCGAGGAUAGCGCUAUCUUGCACCAUCCUCGGACAAUUUUAAAAAAUGGGCCCACACCGGGAAUCGAACCCACGUGUGGGGCCAUUUUGGUGCGUGGAAGUCGAUGUUCUCCACAUACCAAAAAUGGCCCCACACGUGGGUUCGAUUCCGGUGUGGGGCCAUUUUAGAAUUGCCUGAGGAUGGCGCAAGAUAGCGCCAUCCUCGGGCAAUAGCUAUAUUACAAAGCUGCGUAUAUGCAGACAUACGCUGGACCGAGCUCUAUGCAAGCUGCAAUCUUAGCAGGAGGACCUAUUGAAACUACUCUGAAAGUUUAUGAAGAUUUAUUGACUUAUAAAGGAGGCAUUUAUAAGCAUGUAACGGGGAAGUAUAUAGGUAUGAGCUCUGUUAAAGUGAUUGGAUGGGGUAAUCAGAAUGGAACGAACUAUUGAAUUGCACAAAACGUUUUGGGAACUCUUUGGGGCCAGAAAGGAUAUCUUUGGAUAGCUUUUGGUCAGUGUCAAGUUGAUACAGAAGCUGUAGCUGGAGCUCCUUAUCCGAUUAUCUAA